UCCACCACACAAGUUUCCUUCUUCUUCUUCUUCUGCUUCUUCUUCUUCUUCACACCACAUGCAGCCCUCCGUCCCAUCAUCUGAUCUCCACCAACUCCUCCAUCAAUGGCGUCCUCGAGCUUCAUCGUUGGCAUUAUAGGCAACGUGAUUUCUAUUCUGGUUUUUGCUUCUCCCAUAAAAACAUUCUGGUUGGUGGUGAAGAAGAAAUCAACAGAGAAUUACAAAGGAGAUCCAUACAUAACGACACUGCUGAGUACAAGCUUGUGGAGUUUCUAUGGACUUCUCAAACCGGGAGGCUUGCUUGUCGUCACCGUCAACGGCGCCGGCGUCGUCUUCCAGUUGGUCUACGUCGCCCUCUUCCUUGCUUAUGCUCCUAAAAACAUUAAGGUUAAGACAGCGAGAUCGAUCGUGGUACUAAAUGUCGGUUUUCUUGGAUCGGUAAUCCUAGUUACUCUCUUAGCCAUGCAUGAAAAUCUCCGGCUAACGUUCGCCGGAAUUUUAUGUGCCGUAUUCACCAUUGGCAUGUAUGCUUCUCCUUUAUCCGUCAUGAGAGCAGUAGUAAAGACGAAGAGUGUAAAGUACAUGCCGUUUCUACUCUCGUUUUUUUUAUUUUUCAACGCUGUUGUCUGGUCAGUCUAUGCUAUACUUGUAAAAGAUAUUUAUAUCGGAGUACCAAAUUCAAUAGGCUUCUUGUUGGGGUCAGUGCAGUUGAUUCUAUACGCGGCGUACGAGAACAAGUCAACGUCAACAGAAUCGACGGUGGAGAUGGAAGAGGAAGGAUCAGUCCGCCUAAUGAAAGGCACGAUGGAGAUGGGUGCAUCGGGAGAUGAUGGUGAUGAGGCACACCUGAAGAACAGAGGACUGAGCAAAGGAAUGAGCCUGCCAAAGCCGCAGAUAAACAGAGAAAACAGCUUGAAAGGGAUCGUAAAGACACUUUCUUUGAGCCCAUACGAGCUUCAAUGGCCGCUUGAUUAUGAGACCGGAAACGUGGGUGAUGAUACUAAUCACCCUUAAUUUUUUUUUUAAAUAUUUUUAAAUUAAUUAAAAGUAAUUUAGAUAUAGUUUCAAUAUUUUUGAAGAAAAAUAUAUUAUAUAUAUAUAUAUAUAUUUUUUUUUAAUGGAGAUAAAUGUAAGACAAGGAUUAAUUAUGAGGUAA